CAACAUCAAAAGUUCGCGGUAACAAUAGAAUAUAUAUCUCACGGCAACUUUUAAAAUCCACGGCAACAUCAAAAGCUCGCGGCAACAAUAGAAUGUCUCACGGCGACUUUUAAAAUCCACGGCAACAUUAAAAGUUCGCGGCAACAAUAUAGAAUGUCUCGCGGCGGAAGUGAAAUGUUAUUCUUCCUGGAAAUUUAUCUAGUUACCAGAUUCCUUACUUAGUUAUUUUAUCAAUGAGGACAAUCAAAAUGGCGGCAAAAGAGGAAGAAAACGUGUUUUAUUGUGGGGUUUGUGCUGCUAAAUUAAGAGAUGGAAUACGCUAUUGUUGGAAAUGUAAAAGUGACCAAACUCAAGUUGGCCCUCCUACCUUGAGUUCAAAACUUUCAACCAGCGAUGACUCUCACCAGCAAGAUAAAAAGACAGAUAUGUCGCAAACAGCUCAGUCAUCAUUUGGUAGGCCCCAAAGUGUCCCUCAUGGGAAAGUGCUAACAUUCGAACAGUUCCUGAAGAAGAAAACCAGCAAGGAAAACGUUACUAAAUUUCGGCCAAAUAAAAAGGCAAAGUCUGAUCCAAAUGAAGUGGUAAUGGUAUAUGUGGGGAUUAAACGAUACAAGGAUGGGUGUCUGAAAACAGUCAAAGGAAAAAGACUUCCUAUUCGAGUUCCAAAGUCCGCUACCUGUAACUUUAUCUUGCAAAAGGCAACUGAAAAAAUGGCAGCUUUUGACAGGUCCUUUGAUACAACAGAAAAGUAUGAUUUGCUAUAUGAAGAUGGAAGCCAUGCACUUUUUAUGCCUGGAACUAAAGAUUUCUUUGAAUUGGAAAAGUACAGAUUUGAACUCGGUAGGGACUACAAGCGAAUUACUCUCUAUUUGUGCACUCAGUCUGAUAUUGACUUGAAUGAGGGGAUGGAAGAAUCCUCAUAUGAAUUGGAUGAAAUGAAUGAUGAAAUGGACUGCUCUGUCCAAUCAUUUGGGGGAUCUAAAGUGGUCACUGUGUUACCUGAUGAUCCAAGUACAAGCCAAGAGGGACAGCAACCAUGUACAAGUCAAGAUGAACAGAUAGCAAGGCAACUUCAGCAGGAAUGGAACGAAGAUGUUGAGCUUGUUUCAACUUCAAGGUCGCCUAAAGAAAACGAUUCAGACAGUACUGUUAAUGUAUCAGAAUGUAUGAUAAAGGAUAAGCAAGAUGUUAUCCAUGUCCUUUCUUCAAAAAUAGAAAGCAAUGAUCAGUUUUUUAUAAUCACCCGAAGAAAGGCUGCCAUUUCGAGAAUUUUUUCCCUUUGGCAGCGCCAGGCUAAAAGAAAGUCACCAACCUGUAGAAUUAUGGUAAAGUAUAGCGGAGAAGCAGGAAUUGAUUCAGGAGCAAUUGCAUGCGAGUUCUUAGAAGACACAAUCGCAGAGAUAGCAUCAACUUUAUUCAAGGACGGUAUUCCCGUCAAUUCCACUCAUCAUGUCCAGAACGGGGACUUUCGUACAUGCGGUGAGAUAGCAGCUGCUUCACUUGCCCAAGGGGGACCACCACCGUGCUUCUUAGAUGAAUGUGCUUAUAAUAGCAUUUUCACUGAAACAGAUUUGACAAAUGUAGAUGAAAAAGACUUGGCUGAGAAAGAAAAGCUGAUCCUUGAUAAUAUCAGACUCGACUGUACCAAGCAUUCUGACUUCAUAAUAGAACAUGGCUUCACAGGAAUUGUUGAUCAGAGGUUUAUUCAGGAUAUUGUGAAUUCAUUGAAGGUCAGAUUUGUCAGUGACCGUAUGUUAUACAUGAAAGAGUUCAAGAAAGGCCUAGAUGUUUAUGGUCUUGGAAAUAUGAUUGAGAUGAAUCCUGAUGCCUGUCGACCCCUUUUCGUCAAAGAUUUCAAGAAGGAUUUAGUUCCAGAUGCAGAUUAUCUUUUCUCCUUGAUGAAACCUAUUUUCUCUGAAGAAGGAUCAACUAAGCGUGUUAUGGAAGAGUCUAUAAUGGAUCAUCUUCAAGAUGUCUUGAUUUCCUUAGAGGAUACGCAAGUAUCAGGGUACUCGGCCGCAGUAGCAUCCAAUAUCAAUGAAUCUGAAAAUGAAGCGUUAACAUCUGAAGGUGCCGAAGAAUUGUUUGAAACCGCAGAUAUGUCAGUUGGAGGUGUCAUGGGAUGGCUUACUGGCCAAAGGCACAAGCAUGUUACCGGUACGACAGAGGAGAGACCCACCAUAACAAUAAAUUUUGAUCAUGAAUGUCUUCUUAGAAACCCAGAUCACAAAACAUGUUUUCCUGUGAUAGGAGCUUGUGGUAGGGAAUUAACAAUCCCUGUUGUACACAUGGAUACAGCACAGAAGUUUAAAGAAAUCUUUAUUCUAGCUUAUUGCAUGGGGCAACCUUUUGCCAAACCAUGAAUACUAGAAUGUUUCAUAAGUUCAGUUUUAGUUUGACAUUGUGGUUUGUUAACAAGAAAUCAAUCUUGUUAAGUUAGUGACAGUAAAAACAUUUAGUUUAAACUUUAAUGGCUACCAUAGAAUUGCAGUAGCAAUUUUGUGAUACAGGGUGUAUAAAAAAGUACCCCCUAGAAUGGAAUCAAACAUUUGCUGGAAUUUGAAUUUGAAUGCAUAAAAUUGAAAGCGGGACCUUAAGUACUAUGUUAUUUACACACCAGUGUGUUAAUCAUGCAUUCAAAUUCACUUUAAUAGGGGGCAAUUUUUUAUGCACCAUGUAGUAUGUCACAAUAAGCAUUUUAAAAUCUAGCAUUCCUGAUGAUAAUAUUUGUUUCAAAAUUUACCCUAGGUGAUAAAGGCCACAUUUAAUUAUUUUGAUAAGAAACAACCUUAUUUCUAAAUUCUUCAAAUUUUUUAACAAAAUUAUAAUAUCAGUGGCAGAUUUAGAAUCAGUUACAAAAAGCUAUAACUGCUCAUAUUUGGAUAUGCUACAAUUUUAAAAAGCGUUCAAAAUAAAGGUAGAUUUUUAGAAUCAAUAGCAUCAUUACUCUGGUACUUUGAAUUGAGAUUGUGUUGCAGUAAUAUAUUUUGACUAAUGCUGGAUACACCACUAAAUAUUUAGCCUGAAUUACAGCUGUGGUGUAAUGACAUUGGUGUAAUAAUCACAGCUGUGCUAAUGACAUUGAAUGUUAGAAAUGUUUGAAAGACCUUAUUCAUAGUUCGAGCACUCAUUAAAAAAUUCAGUUUUGUUGUGAGGGUGUUUGUUUUACAUACAUAUUUAACCCCUCUCAGGAAUAUCUCAAAAUAUGCAACUAUCAUAUCAUAAUGCAACUUCACCAU